UGUUGAGAAGUCGUUAAGCCUGUUAGAGAAUACCAUGGAGUGGAGAAGGAACAACAAUAUCGACGCAGAGAUUGAAGGUAGGUUGAAUGUUCCUGAAGAGUUCGUCUUCACGCACAGACACGACAGAGAAGGCAACCCCGUGUGUUACGAUUUUCUCUACAAUGGAUUCGAGAGGGGAAUUGCGGAGCAUCAUGUGGCUAGUUUCGUGAAGACUAGGAUUCUUUUCAUGGAGAAGUGCAUAAGGAAACACUAUUUGACCUCCGGUAGAAUUCCAAGCUUUCUUCAUGUUCUUGAUAUUAGUAGUAAUCCUUCAGGAUUGUCGAAGAGAGAGCUUGACCUCGUGACCGAACUAGCCAAACCAGCCUUGAUCUUGGCUCAGGAGUACUACCUUGGAUUUUCCUUCAAACAGAUAUUUAAUAUGGAUGAGUCUCCUUGGUGGGUCCGUGCGUGUAACAACAUGAGAUCACCAAGAGCAGCUAAGGAGGUUGAGGUGGCCUAUCCAGCAACAUCUCUUUGCACCUUAUUCAGGUAA